AUGGCUUCAGUUACGGAAAAAGGUGUUAAUGUUUCAGAUGAAGGAAUUACUGUUGUUCUUGGAAGCCAAUGGGGUGAUGAAGGAAAAGGCAAGCUUGUCGAUAUCCUCUGCGACAGUGUAGAUGUCUGUGCUCGCUGCCAGGGUGGUAACAAUGCCGGUCAUACCAUCAAAGUCAACGACAAAACCUACGACUUCCAUAUCCUCCCUUCCGGACUCGUAAACCCCAAAUGUGUAAAUUUAAUUGGUACUGGUGUCGUCGUGUACCUGCCUGCCUUUUUUAGUGAAUUGAACGGUUUGAUAAACAAGGGUCUUGAUUGCACGAAUCGUAUUUUCAUUUCCGAUCGCGCUCAACUCGUUUUUGACUUUCAUCAGCGUGCAGAUGUUUUGAAUGAAGCCGAGUUGGGCAAGCAAAGUAUCGGUACCACCGGAAAGGGUAUCGGUCCUUCUUACUCUACAAAGGCUACUCGUAGCGGUAUCCGUGUUCAUCACUUGUAUCAUUGGGACGAGUUUGAGGCUCGUUAUCGCAAAAAUGUCUCUGAUUUACAGAAACGUUAUGGAGCAUUCGAGUAUGAUGUUGAAGCGGAAUUAGCCAGAUAUAAGGAUUUGGCUGAAAAGCUUAAGCCUUAUGUGGUUGACUCUGUUGUCUUUAUGCACAACGCCUUGAAGCAAAAGAAGCGAAUCUUGGUUGAAGGUGCUAACGCCCUGAUGCUUGACUUGGAUUUCGGUACUUAUCCUUUUGUAACUAGCUCUAACACCACCAUUGGCGGUGUCUGCACUGGUCUUGGUGUCCCACCCCAACGCAUCGCUAGCUCCAUCGGUGUAACAAAAGCCUACACUACUCGUGUUGGUGCUGGUCCUUUCCCCACUGAACAGCUUAACAAGGUUGGAGAACAUUUGCAAACGGUUGGCCGUGAAUAUGGUGUUACCACUGGUCGUAAGCGUCGUUGCGGUUGGCUCGAUUUGGUAGUUGUGAAGUACUCAUCCAUGAUUAACGGCUACACCUCUUUGAACUUGACGAAGCUUGACAUCUUGGAUGCUUUACCUGAAGUUAAGGUUGCUGUUGCUUAUGUAAUCGACGGAAAGCGUUAUGAAACAUUCCCUGCUGACUUGGGUUCUCUUGAGAAUGCCGAGAUUAUUUAUGAGACUUUGCCUGGUUGGCAAACCUCUACUGUCGGUAUUACCCGCUGGGAACAAAUGCCCGAAAACGCAAAGAAAUACAUCCAAUUCAUAGAAGAUUUCGUCGGUGUUCCUGUCGGUUUUAUUGGCGUUGGCCCUGGUAGAAACGAAAUGCUCAUCAAAGAGUAA